AUGACAUCUUUGACGCGUAUUCCUGAUUCUUUUUGGAGAUCUAUUGGUAUGCACUUGGUAGGUGUCAAUGAUCGAGGUCAGUUAUUUCCUAAUAUUUGGGUUUUUCAUUCAACAAACAUAUCAUCUCCUACUAUGAUAUCUUCUUCUAGUCAACAUCGGUUUGUGCAGUUUUUUGUUGGUGGUAUUGCUCAUGGUCUGGUAUUUGUCUAUGCGGCAACAACUAGUGUGGCACAUCGUCCUUUAUGGUCUGAAAUUGAACAAAUUAAUACAAGCUUCUCGGGUCCUCUGCUAUUAGUUGGUGAUUUUAAUGCAAUUUUAGGAGCCCAUGAAAAGACGGGUGGUAGGAUGCCUACUCGUGUUUCCUGCGAUGACUUUCAGCAUAUGGUGGAUGUGUGUCAUUUGACACAAAUUGAUCUUAAAGGGUCACUAUUUACAUGGACAAAUGGUCGAGGAGUUGGCUCACAUAUUGAAAUGUUGUUGGAUAGGAAGCUUAAGCUUUUAAAACCUAUUCUGAAGGAGUGGAAUGUUAAUGUCUUCGGUAAUGUUCAUACUGCGGUGGAUAGUGCACGCGCUGCCUUUCAAAAAAUUCAAUUAGCCAUAUCUCUUGAUUUGUUUACUAAAGUGCGUCAUGUCGAGGAGCUUUUAGCCCAGGAUGCUUUGUCGAAUGCUUUAUUGGUUCAGGAAAAAUUCUGGGCGGAGAAGGCUAGGGUGAGAUGGGUUAGGGAAGGUGACAGAAAUACUAGCUAUUUCCAUACUUUGGCAAAAAUUCGACGAGCCCGUUCCUCUGUCACUUCUCUUCGUAUUGGGAAUGACUUGGUGGAUGAUGUUAAUAUUUUGCGUGAUCAUGUCGUUCAACAUUUCACAAGUGCCUUUUCAGAUGAUGAAAAUAUUGAUGAUACAGGUUUGGUUGAAAAUAUUAUUCCUUCAAUGGUUUCGGAUUCAGAAAAUGGCUCUUUACUUGCUAUUCCUUCUACUGAAGAUGUUAAAGGUGUCGUAUUUUCCAUGAAUGCUGAUAGUGCCCUAGGUUCGGAUGGUUAUACUGGUCAUUUUUUUCAGGCUUGUUGGGAUGUAGUUGGGUUGGAUGUGGUCCGUGCUGUUAGAUCUUUCUUUCAGUCAGGAUAUAUAUUGCCUAAUCUAAAUUCCAGCUUUGUGGCGCUCAUUCCAAAUGUUCAAGAAGCUAAUGUUAUCACUCAAUUUUGGCCCAUUGCUAUGGCUAAUUUUUCUUUUAAAAUAAUUACUCGCAUUCUGGCAGACCGUCUUGCUCCUAUUGCUUCCAGGAUUAUAUUGCCAAAUCAAUUUGCUUUUUUGAAAGGAAGACAAAUCUCUGAUUGCAUUUUUCUGAUUUCUGAAUGUGUUAACUUGUUGGAUAAUAAAUGUCGUGGAGGGAAUGUUGCUAUUAAGUUUGAUGUAGCGAAGGCCUUUGAUACUCUGAAUUGGGACUUCCUUCGAAGGGUUCUUAUUUCUUUUGGUUUUCAUGCAACUUUUGUAGAUUGGAUUAGUUCUAUAUUGGCUUCAGCUCGGCGCUCUAUCUUAUUUAAUGGCUCUCCAGUGGGAUGUUUUGGCUGUAGCCGUGGAGUUCGACAAGGCGAUCCAUUGUCUCCUCUUCUUUUUUGUCUUACUGAGGAGGUUCUUAGCCGUGGUAUCUUGCGUCUGGUUGAUAUGGGGCAUGUCCAAGCUAUUUCCUCUCCUAGUGCUGUGAAAGUCCCUUCUCAUGUUUUAUAUGCUGAUGAUAUAAUGGUUUUUUUUGUUGAUAGAUUGGGUAUUGAGCAUCAGCUGAGCAAAUUAUUAUGUGCCAAUGUUUCUGAUUUCAUCAAAGAUGGCUCUUGGUAUCGCUCUAGUAAUUUAAUUGCUGAUCUUGAUGCACUUUGGUCUGAAAUUUCAGCUAUUAGGCUUCCUUAUUCAGACAUGGAGGAUAAGUUGGUGUGGUUGGAUUCUUCUGAUGGGAGUUUAUCUUUAUCUAUAGCCUAUGAGUUAAAGAGGAGUAAACAGUUAAAAGUUAAUACAGAUGGUGCUGCUCGUGGGACACUAGGCCUCGCGGGCUUUGGAGGUAUUUUUCGUGAUCACUUGGGCAAUUGUAUGGGUUGUUUUGCUGGUUCCAUGGGUAUUGCUACUGCCCUUGAAGCAGAGCUUCAAGCCAUUAUUCAUGCUGUUUUAAUAGCAUCAGGAAAAGGAUGGACUUCUCUCUGGAUUGAGUGUGAUUCAGCGUUUUAG